GCGCGAUGCUGGGGGUUUCAAAUAAGAUAAUAAGUUACGAUCUGAGCGUAAAUGGCUCCUGGUGGCGAAUUACACGGUGUCUGUAAACGUGGCUGCGCCGCUGAGUCCGACUCCCGAGCUCACAAGUCGGAACUCGGCCGUUCUGUGGCCGGAGAGGAGUAAAAGUUCAGCAGCUCUGCACUAGCUGCUCAGCUCGAUGGGACGUCCCUACCGCGGACGAGAACCUACGUCGAUGCCUCAGCCUCUCCACUGAGACAGACGCGCGGGGGCUCAGUGGGUAGGCGUUCUCUCCACCGGAAAGUGUUGUUUUAUUUGUUCUCUACGCAACCAGCGCACUGUUUCAACUGUAGCGACGCGAGCCGAACAUGGCCUUCCACCCGAGCACGUCAGAAAUGCUAGACACGUCUAAAUCUUUAAUAAUGAAUGAGCAGGACCGCCGGGACGCCGCGGACCCCUAUGUGUGCCCGAGCACGGCUGAACUGAGUAAAGCAGUGUCCGUGUCCUUGGGUCUGGACUCGGUGUCUUCUCCGCUCAACAACAUGAACCUUUGCUCCAGCGGCGGCUUCACGGAGUCGGACUAUUCCACCCGAGUGGUGGUGCCGCAGUUUGGAGCGGCCGUAAACAUGAACUCGCGCCGGAGUUCACACGAGGACGAGUUUGGAGAAGUGUGCCACGACUUGGAGCAGGUGAGUUGCAUCGAUAUGCUCCGGUCGGAGGACACCGAGGGCGCACAGCCGGUGACGCGCGGCCCGGUGGUCUCCAGAUACGUGUGCAAAGAAUCAAACUUGUUCAGCGGCCCCGGUCUGGAGCUGCCCGCCGCCUCUCAGGUGGACGAGCUCCGGCCGCUGAGACAGUACUCUGCCUACUCUUCCCACCCGAGUCUGCACAGAGACGCUCAGGGGGAAUGGUGCUCGAACGAGCGCGCGUACGGCGUUCGAGGCGAACCGGAGAGCGUCGCCUAUGGCGCACAUACCGUGUUGUGCAAAUUCUGCCAUUUGGGGGAAACUCCUAACGGAACCGGGCACGAAUGCCGCUGUGUGUGGUACAACAAGGGCGAGCAGUUCGGGAAAAGUGGCAGCAUUCGAGCAGCCAUGGCGCAAGGGUAUGGCCAAGUGGAAAGAUACCAAAGUGCAGUCGCUCAAGGACAAAACACUUUUUCUACCAUCAAGACCGAACCGUCAUUCUGGACCAACUGCUCGGACCGCAGUUUCAGUCUCCAGUUCCACGAGUCUUUGACAAUAGGACAAUGCGGACUGAAGAGUGGCUCUGGUGACCACGCGUUAAUCCGCCACGCUUUAAAGCACGAGGAUUUAUUUCCAGGUGUGUACCUGUCAGACAGGAGAGUGUGUCAGGUGUGCGGGGACGAUGCCUCGGGUUGUCACUAUGGAGCAGUCACCUGUGGCAGCUGCAAAGUCUUCUUCAAGAGGGCUGCUGCAGGUAAGCAGAACCACCUGUGCGCCAGCCGGAACGACUGCACCAUCGACAAACUGCGGCGCAAGAACUGCGCGUCCUGUCGUCUGAAGAGGUGCUUCAUGUCAGGAAUGAGUCUAAAAGGUCGUCGACUGAAGGGGGCAGCACAGACGAGAAACGGGGAUGAGGAGCCAGCUCCUGCUGCCUGGGGCCCUGGAGAUAGAAGAGUGAGGUCUGGAAAGAAAGAUGUUAUCUCUGAGCCCGGAAGUGCAGCUGCCAGGGCUCAAGGUGUGACCUCCCAGAGCCUGACUCCGAGCAUACCGCCGAGCCUCCGCUCCUGCCUCUCCCUGCUCACUGUCCUGCACGACAUAGAGCCAGCUGUGGUCAACGCUGGCCACGAUCCGGCCCUGCCCGACAGCCCCGCGUCCCUGCUGACCAGCCUGAACGAGCUCGGGGAGAGGCAGCUGGUCACUGUGGUGCGCUGGGCCAAGGCGAUACCAGGCUUCCGUGACCUCCACGUGGACGACCAGAUGUCGGUCAUUCAGCUGUCAUGGAUGGGGGUGAUGGUGUUCGCUCUGGGCUGGAGGUCCUACACCCACACCAACAGCUCUAUGCUCUACUUUGCCCCAGACCUCGUCUUCAAUGACCAGCGGAUGCAGGUGUCCAGUAUGUAUGAGCACUGCGUACGGAUGAAGCUGCUGUCGCAGAGGUUCUGCAUGCUGAAGGUCACCAGAGAGGAGUUCCUGUGCAUGAAGGCCCUGGUCCUCUUCAGCAUCAUACCAGUGGAGGGUCUGAAGAGCCAGCGCUGCUUUGAUGAACUGCGGACCUCCUACAUUAAGGAGCUGGACCGUUUGGCCAGCCACAGUGGAGAGACCACCCGCACGCAGAGACUGUUCCAGCUCACGCAGCUGCUGGACUACCUUCAGACGAUUGUGCGGAAGUUGCACCAGUUCACCUAUGACCUGUUCAUCCAGGCUCAGUCCCUGCAGACGCGCGUCAACUUCCCAGAGAUGAUCUCGGAGAUUGUGAGCGUUCACGUGCCCAAGAUCCUGUCCGGCCUGGUCAAACCCAUCCUGUUCCACAACAACACCUAGACGCAGGGAGGCAGUGAGGCAGUGAGGGAGAGGAGGAGGGAGGGAG